AAAAACCUGUCGACCAAUGCGACACUUACCUUGCGAGGGACUCUCCUCUUUGGACCAGGUUCAAAGAGGCACUGGCAUCCCCACCACCUGCUAUUUCUCUAAGGCCAAAUUCACUGGCUGUCUAAGGAGGCCUUACAAAUAGCUGAGAAAAGAAGAGAAGCUAAAGGCAAAGGAGAAAAGGAAAGAUAUUCAUCUGAAGGCAGAGUUUCAAAGAAUAGCAAGGAGAGACAAGAAAGCCUUCGUAAGUGAUCAAUACAAAGAAAUAGAAGAAAACAAUAGAAUGGGAAAAACUAGAGAUCUCUUCAACAAAGUUAGAUAUACCAAGGGAAAAGUUCAUACAAAGAUGGGCACAAUAAAGGACAAAACAGUAUGGACCUAACAGAAGCAGAAGGUAUUAAGAAGAGGUGGCAAGAAUACACAGAAGACCUAUACAAAAAAGAUCUUCAUGACCCAGAUAACCACGAUGGUGUGAUCAUUCACUUAGAGCCAGAUAUUCUGGAGUGAAGUCAAUUGGGCUUUAGGAAGCAUCACUAGAAACAAAGCUAGUGGAGGUGAUGGAAUUCCUUCUUCAGCCGUGUCUUGACUCUUGGCGACCCGCGACCUAUGGACUGUAGCCCGCCAGGCUCCUCUGUCCCAGGGAUUGCCCAGUUUAGAAUACUGGAGUGGGUUGCCGGCUCCUCCUCCAGGGGAUUUUCCCCCACCGAGGGAUGGAACCCGCGUCUCCUGUUGUCUCCUGCAUUUGCAAAGGAUGCUUUAUCACUGAGCCAGCUGGGAAGCCCGUGGACUAAAAUAGGCCUUUAAAAAAAUCCAAAUGUUGAAAAAUCUUCAUCAGUUUAAUUUUGAAAAUGGCACACUUUUCCCCUUUAUUCUGCAUCUGCCCUCAACCCCCAACUUGUGAACGGUUUUUAAUUCGCAGUAGCCGACCAGUAAAUACAUUUCAUUAACUGGUCAGGCAGUUUUCAGGAAGUCGCCUACAGUGUAGAUAGAAGUCCAGGGGAAAAUAAGAGUGGAGAGCCCUGAGUCUAAAGCAUCAUUUCCUCAUGAUUUCUGUAUUGAGCAUUUAUUUGAUCAGUGCUUUGCAGGGUGCUUGGACUCCAAAUGCAAAUGUCAAUUAAUUGGAUAACAUGUCAACCCCUGUGGCCCAUUAAGGGGGUUAAUGACAGUGUUCUGUUAAUGACAGGGAACUGUAAUACUGCAUGUUGUUCAGUCACUCAGUUGUGUCCGACUCUUUGCGACGCCAUGGACAGCAGCAGGCCAGGCUUCCCUGUCCAUCACCAUCUUCUGGAGCUUGCUCAAACUCAUGUCCAUUGAGUCAGUGAUGCCACCCAACCAUCUCAGCUUUUGUUAUCCCCUUCUCCUGCCUUCAGUCUUUCCAUCAUCAGGGUCUUUUCUAAUGAAUCAGCUCUUCGCAUGAGGUGCCCGAAGUAUUGGAGCUUCAACUUCAGCAUCAGUCCUUCCAAUGAAUAUUCAGAGCCAUGAUCUGGUGAUUUUGAAAAGGAACCUGAACAGCCAAGAUGAAAACCCCUGCUUCCUUCACCUGAGAUGUGACCCUCAUGGAGGUGAAGAAAUCGUUUCUAUUGGCAUUUUAAGUUCAGCAAGAAAUAUGGAAGUAUACUUAGGAGAGGAGUACUGUGGAACCAGUAGGGGCAAGAAUGUUUGUAAUGUUCUGGAUAACAGUGAACAUGAAAAGAUUACUUUAUACAAAAAAUAUCUAAAAUUGGAGUCUUGCACACAUGCUGGUAAAAUAAAGCUUCUCUCCUUUGGUGAAAAGAACUGUGUGUUCAUCAGUAAAGUUGUGGUACACGUGAGGCCAGUCUCGGCACAUUCUUCAGCAGGCUGUCCUGCUCUAGGAUCAAGGAUAGACCUGGAGAGGGUCCAAACCAUCAUGGAGUCCAUGGGGUCAAAGUUAUCACCUGGAGCUCAGCAGUUGAUGAAUAUGGUGAGAUUACAGCAGCAGAAUCGUGUUGCCCUCGGAGAGCAGCUCCAGUCGAUCCUGGGAAAGGCAGGACACAGGCACGUGCCGGGACUGCAGUCCUCAUCUGCUCCGGGAGCCUUCGACAAGUCAUCCUCCACACCUUUUCCUUUCAGAACUGGGCUGACAUCUGGAAACGUGACUGAAGACUCAGAAGCUAACACUGAGAAAAGUCUGCAGCCAGCUGGUGGAGGAAGCCUGAGCAGCCUCCAAGAGUGUAAAAUUGUGCCACAAAGUCGUUCUCUUCUUGAGAAUGACCUGAAGAAUGCAGUAUCUUCUUUAUUAUCAAAGAAAGCAAGUGACAGCUCACAUAUACCUAACUCGGAGUUGCUGCCUCUUCUCCAGAAUUUGUGUGGUCAGGUGAGCCAUCUCCGGGUGGGACCCGGCAUCAAGUGGCAGGACAGCAUCCCGAAGCCCGGCGGAGGCACUGGGGGUGUCACAGUAGAAGAGCAACCUCUUUGUUCCUAUUUGGAAAAGAUUCUUUCUAAAAAUAUGGAACUGAUGGAAAAGAAACUUACAGACUACAUUGAUCAGCAAAUAUAUAAGCUCCAGGAGCACAUAGAUAAUAAGAUUGCUUUGUUAAUGGGCUUGCUGCAACGUCCGAACUCCCCACCCUCUGGGAUGCCUCUGAGACAUUAUGACUCUGGAGAAGGACUUUCAAAUGGAGAAAGAUAAACGCUCAACAUGUACAAAGUACUACAGAUAUUUAUUACAUAUUUAUUAGAAAGCCAAACCCUACCCCAGAAAGUUUAUGAAAAGCAAGUAUUUAAUGUCCUUUGAAAUAUUACCACUUACGUGAAGUGACCUCAGUGUUCAUUUUCCUGCACACAUUGUAAAUCCAGUACUGUACACUAUGUUAACAUGGUGUGAUCUUCAGUUAUUUUUGUUUGUAAUAUUUUUCACUCUUACUGAAAUUUAUGUAUACUUCUGGAUUAAAUGUUUAAGAUUUUAAGGAUUUCUAAAGCAGUUCGUUAGUUUGUAUUGUGUAUGUGUUUUGUUGAAGUACUUUUUUUUAUACAAAGACUUUUUACAGUCUUAGGAGUCUGAAAAAUAAUGCUUAGGGUAUUUGAUAAUUUUUCUUUUUCUAAUUGUUUUUGAAAAAUUGGGAAGACUUGGAAACUUCAUUAAAAUCUCUAAUUGACAUUUUGUAUUGUUUAUCUCAGGUAAUGAGGAAAAUGCAGUGUUUGGCAUGUGUGAAAGUAGUUUACACUGAUGUUAGUAUCAUUGGUUUCAGUGCAGUGUCGUAGUAGAGAGGGAAGUACAAAGCAGAGCCAGCCUAUUCCUUAUUAGGAAUGUUAUCUUAGAUCUAGUGUUUGAUGUAAAAUGAGAGAAGUCAUUUUAUUUUAUCUCAGUCAAUCCAAAAGAUACAAGGAACUGUUUUCCUUUCUGGACUGGUACAGGUUCCUCUUUCCAGAACCCUUUUCUGUAUAUUUAAAGCAUGAAAUUCUGAGGAUCUGCAUUGAGGGGUUGAGGCAUAUGAAUCAAGGAGAUUACAGUUCUCUCAGGCAGACUUAAUUUUUAGAAAUUAUAACUUAUCAUAUGUGUGUUAAGGGUGAUGAUUCACAUUUAAAAAAUAAAUGUAUCCACUCUGGAAA